AUGGACAUUGAUUCAAACAACCAUUCAUUGAAUGAGACUGAGGAAGUCGAAGAAGUGGAGAACAAUCCAUCAUUAAAUGAGAUUGGUGAAGUUGAAGAACUUAAGAUGGGCAUGUGUUUUAGCUCAAAGCAAGAACUACACGUUUUAAUGGACAUUGAUUCAAAUAACCAUUCAUUGAAUGAGACUGAGGAAGUCGAAGAAGUGGAGAACAAUCCAUCAUUAAAUGAGAUUGGUGAAGUUGAAGAACUUAAGAUGGGCAUGUGUUUUAGCACAAAGCAAGAAAGAACUCUUACUCCUGUGAAGAGAAGACUAGAAAUAAACGAUAAAGCAGGGAUAAGGGUGGCUAGGAAUUUUCAUUCUAUAGUUGUUGAAGCAGGGGGGAUGCAACAACAAAAUUUGAACUUCUAUUCUGCAAUUGACCUCGAUGAAGAUGGUCACAUGCGAAACUUGUUUUGGGCGGAUGCAAGGAGUAAGACAGCUUAUGAAGCAUUUGGGGAUGUGGUUUCAUUUGACACAACCUAUCUCACAAACAAAUAUGAUAUGCCAUUUUGCUUCCUAUUCAGAGAAUGGUUAAGUUACAUAUCAGACGCUCCUUCAAAAGCCAUAAUAACGGACCAAUGCAGAGCUAUGCAAAAUGCCAUUGAAGUUGUAUUUCCACAAGCUCGACAUCUUUAUGAUUGUUUUACAAAAGGUGAAUUUGAUGAAGAAUGGCAAGCGAUGAUUGCAAAGUUUAAUCUGGAUGAUAAUGAGUGGUUGGGGGUAUUAUACAAUGAGCGACACAGGUGGAUUCCUACCUAUGUUAAGGACGUUUUUUGGGCUAGCAUGUCGACUACACAACGAAGUGAGAGUAUGAAUGCAUUUUUUAAUGGAUAUGUGAACUCAAAGACAACUUUAAAGCAAUUUGUUGAUCAAUAUGAUAAUGCCUUGAGAACCUACACGAAUGCAAAAUUUAAAGAAGUGCAAGUAGAAUUGAAGCGACUAUUGUAUUGUCGUGCGAAUCUUGUCAAAGAUGAGGGAGCAAUUUGUACUUAUCAUGUGAAGGAGGCUGUUCUUGUCGCUGAGAAAAUGAAGACUGUGGAAUUUGUUGUGUACUUUAAUAAUUUUGCUUACUUCAAUUUCAACCCAUUUGGUGCCGGCCGAAGAGGCUGCCCUGGUUUCUCAUUUGGAGUCCUAAUAGUUGAAUAUGUGCUUGCAAACCUCUUGUAUUGGUUUGACUGGAAGUACCCAAGUGGUCCAGUUAGAGAAGAGGACUUUGACAUGAGUGAGGUUACUUCCCUGGUUGUUCACAAGAAAAUUCCUCUUCAACUUGUUCCAGUUUUGCACUCUCCUUCAUUCAUCACCUAA